AUGUUAUUUCUGGCGCCGCGCAAGCAUCUAUUUGCCAGCAAUUUGAUAAUAUUUCUAUUGAUUUAUAUCAUGCGCAAGUGCCUGCAGUUGUUCUGCAUUAUUGAGAACAAAGCAUGCCAGAAGCCCGACUGCAACUGCGAGCCGGGCCAGAGGGAUUGCCCGGACUCGCCGCUUGUGGAGCGCCGUGGAGGCUUCAAGCUCAUACCGGAUGCCAUGCGCAAGACCAUGCACGGCUUUGGCUAUGGCGAGGGCCAUUAUCAGAUCUUCGUGGAGAAGAAGGAGCGCAAUUUGCCAACCAAAUCGCGCCUCAAUGCGGCCAGCGCUGAACUCAAGCUGAAUCCCAAUUAG